GGCAACCCCUUCCUCCUCCGUUGUUGCAGCCGCCCCGCGAGUCAACCCGCGGAAGCGAGGCCCGCGUAACCCAUCCCUGAGGCGGCAGCUCCACGCCGCUCAGGAGGGAAGAGGAGGCGGAGAAGAAGGAGGCGGAGGGGGUGGCAGGGACGUCACUUUUCCCGGCCCGCAUGUUUACGUGGAGACGAAGAUGGCGGCGCCGGUGCGUCGGUCGCGGAGUCUUCGGUCCGCGUAACGGGACUGCAAGACAGUCAGGCCCGGGGCUCAGCUUCCGUGUCGGCGCCUUGAGGGGGCGCGAGGGGGCCCUCGUCUUUAUUUUUUCGCCUGAAGCUUGUUAACGCUUUGGUCUCUCCUCGCAGGGGCCAUGGAGGACGAGGAGAGGAGGAAGAAGCUGGAGGCCGGUAAAGCCAAGCUCGCACAGUUUAGACAAAGGAAAGCACACUCUGAUGGGCAGCAUGCAUCCAAGAAGCAGAAAAAGAAGAAGAAGGCAUCAAACAGCAAAGAUGAAGAAUUAGUACAAGAAGGUCUGGACCUUGACCAGUCCCAAGAAGAUGCAUACUCACAUAGCUGUCAAAGAGGAGCAGCUGCUACUACUGACUUUGUUACAGCGAGGACUUUGCACAAUGAUGAAAUGAUCAAGCAUGAUCAAACAUAUGCUGCAGAACUAGAAAGUGAAAUUUCCACCACGGCAGAUGAUUACAGCUCAGAGGUAAAUGAUUGCAGCUUUUUGGCAAGAACAGAUGUGCCUGCAGACAUUACUAGGGAAGAAGAAUUUGGAUUUGGAGAGAAUUAUUCUGAGCAUGGGAUUCAGCAUUCUUUGACACGACUGGAGAUGAUGGAGAAUGAAUUGGUUGCAAAACAACAAGAGAUCGAAGAGCUAAACAGAGAGCUAGAAGAAAUGAGGGCAGCAUAUGGUACAGAAGGAUUGCAACAGCUACAAGAAUUUGAGGCUGCUAUCAAAAACAGAGAUGAUAUUAUCACACAGCUCACUGCUAAUCUGCAGCAAGCAAGGAAGGAAAAGGAUGAAACUAUGAGAGAAUUUUUGGAAUUGACAGAGCAGAGUCAAAAACUUCAGAUUCAAUUUCAACAUCUGCAGGCAAGUGAAGCUUUAAGGAACACUAGUCAUAGUAGCACAGCUGCUGAUUUACUCCAGGCCAAACAACAGAUUCUUGUAUAUCAACAACAACUAGAAGAUCAAGAGCAGCUUUUAAAGAAUUAUCAGAUGAAAAAUGAAGAAUUUAAACAGGAACUUUCCCUUUUGCAGCAGAAAAUCACUGACUUUGAGAUGGAAAAAUGUAGAGCUGAAGAAGAUUCCACUAAGAAGAAACUACAAGAAAAGGAAGCAAUUAUUGAGGAAUUAGAAGCAAAAAUUAUAGAAGAGGAAGAAAACAUAUUCAUUCUUCAGAAAAAAUUAUCAGCUGCGGAGAAAUUAUUAGAAGAAGUAAAAGAAGAGCUCUUUCAAAAGAAUCAAGAGGUACAUAAUGUAAAAGCAGAAUUGACCAGUUCUAAGCAGAAAGAAAGACAGAGUUCUGAUGAGAUAAAACAAUUAAUGGGAACUGUGGAAGAGCUGCAAAAGCAAUGUCACAAAGAUAAUCAAUAUGAAAAUGAUAUUGUACAAAGAAUGGAACUUGAAACACAAAGGAAACUUGCAAACCUCAGGGCAGAAUUGGAGGAAGUGCAUGGGCAGCAAAUUGUACAUAUCAAGCAAGAAUUAGUUAGAGAACAUACAAUUGAGAUUGAAAAACUUCUUGCCCAACAAAAAGCAGAUCUGGAGAGAACUUUGAAUUUACGUUCUGGUAAUACCAAUGAAGACCAAGUACACUUAAUGAAUAUUGCAAUUAAUGAAUUGAAUCUGAUGCUACAAGAUGCUAAUUACCAGAGAGAAAAGGUAAGGCAGGAUUUGUCCCAACAGCUUGAACUACUGUCCUCAGAAAAGUCUUCUUUGCAAAAUGAAGUUGAAGAUCUUCACCAAGAGCUGAACUUCACAAGAGAGCAGGUUCAGAAAGCCAAACAAACUAUAAAUGAAAAAGAUUCCAAGUUACGUGAAACAGAGACAUUACAAAUCACUGUUGAAGAUCUAAAGGCCCAACUUGCUACUGCUUCUGAAAUCAGGGAAGAAUUAGAAUUAAAACACGAAGCAGAAGUUACAAAUUAUAAAAUAAAACUUGAAAUGCUAGAAAGGGAAAAGGAUGCUGUUUUAGACAGGAUGGCUGAAUCUCAAGAAGCUGAACUAGAGAGACUAAGGACUCAACUUUUGUUCAGUCAUGAAGAAGAGCUAUCAAAACUUAGAGAUGAUUUACAACAAGAAUACAGAAUAAACAUUGAAAACCUUAAAGAGAAAAUGGUUAUGCAAACUAAACAGCAGUUAGAUUAUUUACGAGAUGAAAUGAAUAAAAAGUUAGGAGCUGUGCAAUUUGAAAAUGACAGCUUAAUAACAAAACAGGAUGAGCUAACAUUAGAAAUAUCCAGGUUAAAAGAUUUGCAUCAAUCGGUUGUAAAUUCCAAAUCUGAAGAAAUGAUGCUUCAAAUCCAUGAUCUCCAAAAAGAGAUAGAAGUUCUUAGACGGGAGGGAAAAGAAAAGGGUACACUUGAACAGGAAGUUCAGGAAUUGCAACUUAAAACAGAAUUAUUGGAAAAGCAAAUGAAAGAAAAAGAGGAUAGUCUUCAAGAAAAAUGUUCAUUGCUUGAAACACAAAAUAAUAUUCUUGUAGAUCUGGGGGAAAAAUUAAGGAAAUAUGCUGUUAAGAAUGUGGAAAUAAGUUUAACAUACACUGAUGGUGUUAGUGGCAUAUCAGAGGACUAUGAUUUACUAAAAACAAUAGAAAAUCUGAUAGCUGAACAUGAAAAGCUUAUAAAAGAAGAUGCUGAACAUAAAGAAGAGAUUGAGAGGAUAAAAGAUAGAUUUUCAUUUGCUGAGAGAAACCUUGAGCAUAAUUAUAAAGAACUCGAAGAAAAAUAUACUUCUUUAUUAAAACUAAAACUGGAUUUAGAAGAGAACAAGAACAAACAAGAAGCUGAAUACAAAGCCAAACUCCAGGCAUUGAUGGAAGUCCAGUAUUUUCAAGAAGAAAAACCAGUUGUGCUGAAAACUGAAAGCAAAGUUGCUCAAGGUAGAAAGGAGAAAAUCCUAAGAUCAGAAACAUUUGAUGUUGAAGACGUUGUAGAAAAAGAUACAACAGAACUUAUGGAAAAGCUUGAAGUUACUCAGCGUGAAAAACUAGAACUUUCAUCUAGACUUUCAGAUCUUUCGGAACAAUUAAAACUAAAGCAGAACCAAAUCUGUCAACUAAAUGAAGAAGUUGCAUCUCUAAAGCAAGAUAAAGAAUACAUUUCAGCUAAGUGUAAAGAACUAGAAAAUAUAGUUAACCUCAGGCUAGAAGAAAAUAUGAAUGGAUGUGAACCUAAAAUUAAAUAUUCCAAUGGGGAGUUAGAGAAGACGCCCUCCACAGUUUAUGAACUUGGAAAUUUUGUUCCUGAUUCACCCAAAGGAUUUGAUAGGGAAAUAAAAGAAAUAAAAGAGAAAUGUAUAUCAAGCCAAAGUUUGACUCAUCAAGUUUCAGUGGAAAAGGUAGCUCAACAAAAAUUAAAUUCAGAACCAGGACUCCUUUUGGAUGAUUUUCCAGUGAGUGAUGGAUUUGCGGAAGAAUCUUCAUAUGUAAGCCUUGUGCAAGAUGAAAACAAACUUCAGGAACAGCUAGAGAAACUGAAAACUGAACAGAAUGAUUUAAAACUUCAGAUGGAGGCGCAGAGAAUUUGUCUGUCUCUGGUUUACUCAGCUCAUGUGGACCAAGUACGUGAAUGCUUGGAAAAUGAAAAGGAGAAUGCUCUUUCUGCUCUUAAAGAAGAGCUCCAGUUCUGUCAUGCUCAACAACUGAGUGAGCUUAAGAACUCUCAGCAGGAUAUUCAUAUAAUUAAACAAAUAAAAACAGAUGAAGAAGACUCAUCUACAUGGGUGCAUUUAGAAAGGCUUAGCAAGACAGUAGCUGAGGAAUGUUCCAAGCUCACUCAGUAUCUGUUGAACAUGCCACUUGGAACUUUUCCAGCUGCUGUUAAAUAUGAUGUCAGUGAGACAGAAAAAUCUAGCUCUGUAUUAAUAUUAAGACCAGAAGCUCAAGUUUUGCAAGAAACACUGCAAAAUCUUCUGAGCAAGAUAAUGGAAGAGUACCAGAGGUUACUAGAUUAUCAUGCACAGAUUGUGAAAGACACAAAAAAGGGUGAAGAACAGUGGUCAACAUGUACAGACUAUUGUGGAAAACAAAAUGGCAGUCUUCCACAGAAUGUACCCAGUUUAUCCACACCAUCUCAGGAUCAUACAGAUAUUAAAGUUAGACCAACCUGUUGGGAAGACAUGGAGAACUUUAAAUCUCAACUUGAAGAACAACAUGCUCAAGAAGUGGAACGUCUCCGCUCAUAUUUUCAUGAGCAGUUGAGGGAAACUGAGGAGCGAUACACUGCAGAGAUACUUCACUUACAGAGUAGGCUCCAGGAUGACAACACAUCAUCAGAAUGUUUCAGUAUUUCUGUGGGAUCAGAUGUAAAUGAAGCUAAGGAGAAGGGAAAACAUGCUGAAAGUCAUCUUCAGCAAAGAGCUGUUAUGGCAACAGAGCUCUCUAAUGAAGGUGGCAUUAUAGAACUCCUGGAGAAACAGUACCAAGAAAAACUGUUACAAGAAAUAGCACAGGUGGUUGUAACCAUGAGCGUACAAUUUGCACAGCAGAAUGAACUUGAACGAAUUGCUAAUCUAAAGGAGAAAGAAAUGUCAGUGAUGGUACCAAUGCAAAUUGAACAGGAAAAUAAUUCCAGUAGAAGAGAAAUUUCUAUAGAAUUAGAUAGAGAUAGAAAUGAAAAGAGGGACGUGGCACAUGAAGAAUUCAAGUCUCUUAGUAGAGAGAUCAGUGAAGAGUAUGGUGAAACUUUGUCACUUGAAGGACAAAUUCAACUAGAUGUUAAGCCUACUGAGAUACUUAGUCUACGCAGUUUUGAUUCAAGCCUCGCAACAGGCUCUUCCUCAAAUGAUACUGAGCUUAUGCAAAACAGAUCUCUGGUUACAAGUGAUGUUUCAACCUCCAGCAUAGUAGCUCCAAGUCAGAUAUUGUUAUAUGAAGAACGUUUGGAAGAUAUGCGUCAAGAGCUUGUCCGUCAGUACCAAGAACAUCAGCAGGCAACAGAAAUGCUGAAACAGGGUCACAUGCAGCAAAUGGAAUGGCAGAAAGAAAAUCAAGAGCUUCUCCUUGCAGAACUUGAUAGACUUAAAGUACAAUUAGCAGAGAGUGUCACACUGGAUAAUGAAAACAUACUCACAGAAAGAGAACAGGUACUUUUAGAGGAACUAGAAUCACUGAAGAAGCAGCUAAUAUUUGGAAGAGAAAAGCUACCCUGUGAGCUGAAAGAGAAUAGUACUCAAACACAGGAUGAAAAUGCAUGUCAGACUGAACCCAAAGAUCAUAUCUCAGAAGGUGAAGAUGGAGGAGAAAAGAACGAAGAAAUUUCUCCAAAUACCCUUGGAAAAGAAAGAUGUGCCUUGCAGAAAGCCUAUAACAGACUGCUGAAGAUUCUGCUGGAGAUUGUGAAAACUACUGCAGCUGUAGAAGAAACCAUUGGCCGCCAUGUUGUGGGACUUCUAGAUCGGUCAUCAAAAUGUCAGUUACCUUUUAAAAGUCUCACGUGGGAGGGAAGGACAGAGGAUCCAAUGAAACCAAACGUUCAUGUGGAGUAUGAAGCAGAAAAGUCAUUGUCUUCGUAUCAUGGCAGAGCUCUUGAAGGUAAUGAUGACCAUAGCAUGUGGUCAGAAGUCACAGAUGAAGGCUUGGAACUCACCCAGUACCUUGGAGUGGAAAUAGACUCAAAAAAUGAAGAGAUAGUUCUAAAUAUCAGCUCACGACUUCAAGCAGCUGUUGAAAAACUCCUGGAAACCAUCAAUGAAACCACUAAUCAGCUUGAACAUGCUAAAGUGACACAGACAGAGUUGAUGCGGGAAUCCUUUAAGCAGGAACAAGAAAUUGCUGAGUUACUCAAAUGUCAGGAAGAAUUACAAGAACGAUUCGAGGAAGAGGUUAAAGCUAGAGAGCAAUUGGCUUUGGAGCUCAGCAAAGCAGAGAAUCUUAUUGAUGGCUAUGCAGAUGAAAAAUCACUUCUGGAGAAGCAAAUCCAGGAAAAAAUAGAUGCAAUAGACCAUCUUGAGCAAGAGCUACUUUGUACAGGUAACAAAUUGCAGGAACUAGAAGCUGAGAGGCAACAGCUUCAAGAAGAGAAGGAGUUAUUCUUCAGACAAAAGGAUGCUAUGAAAGCUGAUGCAGGACCAAUAGAACAACAAUUGUUGGCAGAGACAGAAAAGCUAAUGAAAGAAAAAAUAGAAGUGCAGCGACAGGCUGAAAAAGAAUAUGACUACCUUCAAAAGCAAGUGAAAGUACUGGAAACUGAUAUAGAGGAGCAGGUCAACCGGUUCUUGGAACUAGAGCAAGAAAAAAAUGCAGAGUUAAUGGAUCUAAGACAGCAAAAUCAAGCUCUGGAGAAACAGCUUGAAAAAACAAAAAAAUUCCUAGAUGAACAGGCAAUUGAUAGGGAGCAUGAAAGAGAUGUGUUCCAGCAAGAAAUACAGAAGCUUGAGCAACAGCUUAAGAUUCCCCAGCGACUUCAGCCAGUCAAUGAACACCAAAACCGAGAAGUUGAGCAGUUAACGAAUCAUCUCAAAGAAAAAACAGACAAAUGCAGUGAGCUUUUGCUCUCUAAGGAGCAGCUUCAGAGAGAUGUACAAGAACGGAAUGAAGAAAUAGAGAAAUUAGAGUGCAGAAUCAGAGAACUGGAACAAGCUUUAAUGAUCAGUGCAGACAGUUUGCAAAAGGUGGAGGAAAGGAAGCAGUUUGGCUCUGCAACAAAAAGGGGACAAUUGCCCCUAGAAGCACAAUUACAGGCUGAGCAAGAGGCAGUAGACAGAAAAGAGAAAGAGAUCAUAAAUCUUGAAGAACAAUUAGAACAGUUCCGUGAGGAAUUAGAAAACAAAAAUGAAGAAGUACAGCAGUUGCACAUGCAAUUAGAAAUUCAGCGGAAAGAGUCUGCUACACGGCAACACGAACUUGAGCAAGAGAAUAAAUUGUUCAAGGAGGAUAUGGAAAAAUUGCGACUAGCUAUCCAGACUCCUGAAGAUACCACUAUAAAAAGUCAUCAUCCAGUUGCUGGAACAUUUAUACAGAUCAUACAGCAAAGGGAACAGCAGAUAAAUGAACUCCAUGAACAAAUUUCAAAACUGCAGCAGCAACUUGAAACUGCAACAGAUAACAAAGUGAUUGAGGAAAAGAAUGAGUACAUAAUUGAACUGGAAGCCCAAAUAGAAUACUUAAAGAGUGACCAAGAACGUGUAAAGCAGAACUGUCAGCAAGAAAUAGAGGAGCUGAAUGAAGUUAUAGAAACACUCCAGAAGGAAUUGACAAAUAUUGGGCACAAGACAUUAGACAUCUCAUUGACUCAGGAGGAUGCUGAUAAUAUAAAACAUCAGCUUGAGGUAGUGUUGGCAGAGAAAGAAGCUUUGAUGAAGCAAGUGGAAAAUAAUGAUGUAGAGUUAUCUUUUAUGAAGAAUGAACUUAAGGAAACAAAAUUAAAGAUAAGUACCUUAGAGAAAGAACUAAAUGCACUAAAAGAGGAACAAGAAAGAAUGGAACAAGAACAUGAAAACAUGCAGAUGAAAAGUGGUAUGUCAGAAGGAGGAGCAGCAAUCAAAGAAAAAAAUGAAAAUCUGGAAGCUAUAAAUCAAGAAAAAAGUGAAAUACCCUCUGGGUAUGUGGGUGAAAAAACCAGAGAGUCUUCUAGCAAGACAGACACAAAGAUGCAAUUGCUUCAAAAAUCUCUUAACGAAAAGAAUUCAGAGUUAAAGCACUGUUACAGUCAGCUCAAAGAUUUAAAAGAGCAAUCACAGGCUACAUCAGAAGUGUUUAAGCAAAGAAUUAAAGAGCUAGAAGAAACACUUAAGCAAAAGGUUCUUGAUGCCCAUGUAAAUCAAACUCAUCUGAAUGUGAUUGGGGAGCAAAGUCAGGGUUUCCAAGGAAUGCAGGCAGUUUCAGGAGAUGCCAAGGAAGCUAAAGUAAAUAGCACAGCAGAAGAUGUAACAUCCAGAUUAUCAGAGUUAUUGAAAAGACUUUCUGAGGUGGAGAGUCAGUUGGCAUGUGCUCAGACCAACCUGCAAAUAGAAAAAUCAAAAGUGGAAAUUGCACAGAAAGAAGCAGAGGAAAAGGAGGAGAGACUUACUGAACUUAAGCACCUUCUGUCAGAAGCAGAAGAAAAGCACAACAAGGAGAAAGCACAGAAUUUUGAGGAAAGAGAAACACAAUCCACUGAGGUGGGGAUAGAACUGAGUGAAAACAAGCAAAGAAAUGAACUGACUCCUGAUCCUGAACUGGAGAGAGUCAAAGCUGAGUCUGCUGCUGCUAAGGAAGAACUUAAUAGUUACAAAGAGAAAAUAGAGAAGCUUGAAGAGCAAUUAAGAGUAAAAGAAACAAGUCUGCUUCGCCUUCAAGAAGAAUUUAGAGAAAUGAAAGAUAAACUGGCACAAACAGAAGAGAAAAUUGCAGAUCAUGUGAGAAGAGAAGAGAGCAUUGAAAAAUCAGAGAGAAUGUGUACCAACAGAAUAAAUGCAUCAUGUCAGACUGACAAAGCACUGCACAUCAAUAGUUGCAACCAAACUUCACAGCUCCUUGUUAAAAAUGAAGGAAUUCAGAUUAAUUUACAGAAUGGGUGUUCUUCUGAGGAAGUUGCAGAAAUCAUAAGAGAGUUCAGUGAAAAAAUAGAUCAAAUGCAAGAACUCCAUGCUGCUGAAAUAAUGGAUAUGGAGUCACGGCAUAUUGCAGAAUCAGAUGCACUGAAAAGAGAGCAAUUUCUUACAGUGCAAGAACUAACUGAAGAAUGUAAUUCUUUGAAGGAUGCUAUAGAAGCACUAAGAGAUAAAGAGGGAAUGCCUGGUGUAAUACAAUCUGCAUCUUCUAAUGCCAGAGAUGGGUGCUCUAGUGAUUCAAGUUCAGAUUGGAGCCAAGGAGCGUAUCAUGCACCAAACCAAGGAUCGGAUACUGUAUCAGAAGAACUAGGAGAUGAAGGUGAAGCAUCAACAGAAUUUCUUCCGAAGAAAAUAAAGGGAUUGCUAAGAGCUAUUCAUCAUGAAGGUGUACAGGUGUUGUCUCUCACACAAUAUCCCUACAAUGAAACCGAUGCACUCUCUCUUAAACAAGGGACAGAAUCAUGGCUGGAAGAACGUAAGGCUUUCUUGAGCAUUGUUGCAUCUUUGAAGAAUUUAAUUGCAAAAAUGCAAAUUCACAGAGAUACGGAGUUUUAUGAGGGUUCAGAAGCUUCUGUCCCAGACUGGCGAACUGAACUUUUGUAUGCCAUUCAGCAAGUCUUCCAGAAUGAAAAAGAUGUUCUUCUGGCAGCCUUUCAAACUGAAAUGUUUGAAGCAGGUGUUAGGGAUGUAAUGGGACUAAUAGAACACCUGGAAAAGAGGCUUCAAGAGCAGGGUAAAUAUCAGAAAAUAGCUGUGGAGUGCAUUCAGAAUGCAGACAGAAGAAGUUUGUUAAUGGAAAUCAAUCUAUUACGCACUCAGUUAAACAACAGCAGAACUGAUCCAAAGGGUGAGCUGGAAACUGAGCCAAAAUGUCAAGAAUUGAUGGGGUACAACAUGGAGAUGCAAAUAGAGCUCAGUAAUACAAAGGAGAAAGCAGUUGAACUUCAGGAACAGCUAAAUUCUGAGAGAAUGAUGGUUGCAGAACUGAAGAAUGAACUUGGCCAAAUGAAGCUAGAACUGGAAACAACUCUGAAAGCACAACAUAAACACUUAAGAGAUCUAGAAGCCAUCAGAAAUGAACUAAAGGGAAAAGCAGCUGAACUUGAUAUACUAAAGGACACAGUGGCAAGUGAGCAAAAGAAAUCCAGAGAACUUCAGUGGGCAUUGGAGAAGGAGAAGACUAAGGUAGAACGCAGUGAAGAAAGAGGAAAAGAAGAACUUGAGGAUUUGAAAUAUGCUCUUGAAACGGAACAACAGAAAGUUAAAGAGCUGAGCAAUCUUUUGGAGCUUGAAAGAGAGCUGUCCAAUGAUUUGCAAAAGAAGAUUGAGUCCCAAGAAGCCCUGAAUGCAGCCCAGCUGUCACAGGAGCGCAGCUGCAACUCUGAGCUUCAGGUGCUCCUUGAAUCGGAAAGAUACAGAGUUCUGGAAGUAAGCAGUGCACUAGAAAGAGAGAAAGAACUGUGUGCUCAACUUCAGACAGCUGAACAGAAAAUACAGGACGGAACUCUCACAACAGCUGAAGAAUUACUCCGGGAGCUGCAAAAGCAACUGGAUGAAAAACAUGACCGUAUUGUCUCCUUAGUUAGUGAAACAGAGAGAUAUAAAUUGGAAUCUGUGCAAUUAAAACAAGAAAUGGAGAAGGAGAGGCAGAUUCAGAGGAAGACUCUACAGACAGAACAAGAUGCUAAUAUCCUGGCACAGAAGAAAGUUCAUGAACUGGAGUCCAAGGUAGAAGAUCUUCAGUGGCAGCUUGGAGAACAGAGACGACAAGUUCACCAGCUGCAAUGCGAGGGCAAAAAAUGGCAAGAAAUGGUCCAGGAACUACAGCAAAAGGACCAAGUAAAAGAGGAGAAUACUGCCUGUAAGAAUCUGAACGAGAAUACAUGGGAUGCAUCUAAUGAGCGAACAAGAAAAUGGGUUUUCCAGCAGAAAAUGGGAGGAGCUGAGCCAACAGAACUGUCUUACUCUGCCCUAAUUGGCAUGGGAGGAGGAGGAGGAGAUUCUACCAAAGAAUACCAAGAUUUUCAGAUGAUUAGACAGAAGCUGAAAAAUGCUUCUUCCAAGCUGAAACAGCUAGCUAACAAAGCUGCCUGCAGAUUACCAUUUGAACAACCAGAUGAUGAAGACUUUGUUCGGAUACAAAAUAACAUUGAAGAAGUUCUUGUACAGCUGCAAACACUAUCUAGUUUGCCCAGUUUGGAAACAGAGAUGAAUUCAGAUUUGACAUCCUCUGCUUCAUUGACUGGAAGAUUACUUAAGCAGAAUGCUGAACUGACAGGGUUGGUCAGCAGACUGAGUGAAGAAAAGAACAAUUUAAGAAAUGCAGUCAUGAAACUUGAGGAAGAACUUAGAAGAUGCCAGCAGAGAGGACCCUGUGGAGACUCUACUUUCAGACUGUCACCACACAAUGGAGGAAACAUUGAUGAGCUCAUUGCUUCUGAAAGAGAGAUCUGGAACAAAGAGAAACUAAAUCUGCAACACUCUCUAAAGCAAGCUGAGGCAGAGCUGAGCAAGCUGAGGGCAGAAUUAAGGAAUGAAGCUUUUCUGAGAGAAUUGGGAUCAGAUUCAGAAAAUGCUGCUUUAAAGAGAAUUUAUGGCAGAUAUUUGAGAGCAGAGAGCUUUCGUAAAGCCCUGAUAUAUCAGAAGAAAUACCUGCUGCUCUUACUGGGUGGCUUUCAGGAGUGUGAAGAAGCUACCUUAUCUCUUAUUGCAAGAAUGGGUGGGCAGCCUUCCUAUACAGAUCUAGAGGUUAUUACACACCGUUCAAAAGGUUUUACACGGUUUCGCUCAGCAGUUCGAGUGCUAAUUGCAAUUUCAAGAAUGAAAUUCCUGGUUCAUCGGUGGCAUCGGGUUACUGGUUAUAAUUUGAUAGGUAUCAGCAGAGACAGUUUUGGCCACAAUACAGGUAAUGAACUACGGCCUGAUUCAUUAUCUGGAGGCCUGGAGUUCUAUGGAGAACACAGACAGUCUUCAUACAGAUCAAGGUCAGAGCUGGAAUCUCUCAGGUCUCCUCUAUGUUUUCAACCGAGGUUCCAAGGAAUCCACAGUGAUUUAAGCCCAGUCUCCCUUGCAUGCUCUCAGCUGCAGAAUUACGAUCCUGACAGGGCUUUAACAGAUUAUAUUAAUCGUUUGGAAGCUCUACAGAGGCGACUUGGCAGUGUACAGUCAGCUUCUGUUCCAUUCACUCAACUACACUCUGUUAUCAGAAGAUAAUCCUUGCAACAUUUUCAUCACUGGUACUGACAUUGAAUGAAAUGCCUUCUGCAAAUCUGUGCUGCUGCUGCUGCGUGCUUUCUUUAUAUAAUACAUAUUUGUUGUGGGACCAACAUGAACACAGUUCAACAACUGUUCGCAGUUCACAUUGCUGGCACUUCUACAGACUGGAACUAAUGUAUAUAGGCACUUUUUGUGGUCAUUUGACAUUGAUAAUUACGUUUCAUGUGUAUUUGUGGAAUGCUAAUUUAAAUUAUUGAAGUGUGUAUUUAUCAGAUGGGUGAGAGGAUGAAAUCUUUAUGUUCUGAGGUUGCUGAAUGUGUAGUUCCAAGUGCACACCUUUUCUGACAAUGCAAAGUGAAGGACUUUUCAUGAUUUUACUCUAUUUGCUACUGGUACCGCAGAGAGAAAUAUCACUUGUAGAGACCUAUUUUUGUAAAGGUAGAAGUUUUGAAUUUUAUGGGUAUUUUGUCAAAGUACUGAAAUAAAGAUGAUUUCAUCCUUUUAA